CAACGUCGUCGUGCAGUGCAAGUGUGUACAUAAUAAGCGCGAGGCUAUAAUAUACGUGCAGCGCAUGCAUCGCUCUCUGCUCUGCUCUCGAUGUAGUUGCUGUGCGUUAUAAGCCUCGUCGUCGUUGCAGCGAGCUCUGGUGCUGCUGCAUGCGAUGCGCCGCUGCCGCGCGUGUAUUAUAUGCGUGCGCGAUGAUGAUCGCGAGUGUGCGUAAUUCUUCUUCUCUCUCGCUCUCUUGGAUAUAGUAGCUGUGUCGGAUCUCUUUGCUGACUCGCGCCAGUGUGUGUACGUGUGUGCGAAUACACACACCAACACCGUACGAGAGCAAGUCGUGCGAUAUAUAUGCUUAUAGGCCUAUACGCUACUCUCAACCUAAUUGUCAUAGCGCAGCAGCAACAGCAGCAAAAGCAGCAGCGGAGAGCGUCAAGCGCGAAGGCAGUAUACAUCUAUAGUUGUGUGUGUAUGUGUGCGCCUAUAUAGUUAUAAGCGCGCGCUUAUACACGGGCUCUCUUUAUAUAGUACUAUAUAUGUUUGUGCAUCUGCUGUGCUCGCUGCGGCGGCGGCUCGUGGUGCGUUCGGCAGCAGUCAGCCAGCAGCAUUAGUCAGAGUAGUAUAAAAGAGUCGGUUCGCGCGAGCGCGCGACAACGCCGCAGCGAUAUAUUGUUUGUCAUAUACUUUUUCAAUCAAAAAAAUCGUAACAGCCUCUAAUCGUGCGUAUAUACAGAUAUAAAAAGUGUCAUCGUUCGAAUGUGCUCUCGAUGAGUGUGUGCGUGCGUGUGCGUGUUGUUUGUUUGUUGUUGUUGUUGUUAUACCCGUGUCAGUGAAAAUAGCCCACAAGCAACGCGACAAAAGGUGUAAACUUAGGUGCUGAUAGCGUCGUUCAAAUGUUCCGCGAUUGAAGAGAACCGCGUAUAACGACACCUCAAAAUAUACAGAGAGAGAGAGAGAGAGGAAGGAAGGAAGAAACAAAAAAGUACGUGAAAAGUCGUUGUCUCUUCUCGUCGGCAAACUUGCGCUCAGAGAGAAAGAGUGUAAAGUCGCAGCAUCAGAGCAACUCUCCCAGACAGAGAGACAGACGCAGCAGCAGCAUCAGCACGCGCUUGUCUUUACUAUCAAGGAUUCUGAGAAAAAAAAUCACGCAGUCCAGUGCGUUGGUGCGGCAGUAGUAGUAGUAGUAGUCAAGUCACCAUCAAUCAGUGCAUGCGUGUGCGUUGCGAUACGCAUAUAGACAAGCACAGCCGUCGUAGUUCGUCGUCGUCGUCGUCGUUGCGGAUAUAUACAACACGGAGGCAUACAUAUAACACAGAAAUACGGCGGAGACGAACUCGGAUAUACAUAUAUCGAGGUGUGAUGAAGGAUUUGAGAAAGCGACAAAAGUAUGAGCUGAGGUCCCAAAAUUAAUUGGGACUGGUAUGGAGAAGGAGAGCUCCGCGGCGGGAGGCGGCGGAGGUGGUAGCAGCAGCGGAGGAGGAGGAGGAGGAGGUGGGGGAGGUGGUGGCGGCGGGGUCGAAGCGACGGUCACGCCGGGCGCCAACUCAACCCCCGAUCAUCUACAGCAGGAUCAGGCCAACCCCCUAUUGGAUCCCACGGCACUUUUCGGAGCAUACUGGCCUCGCGGUGCCGAGGGUAACGGCGCUGCGGCGGCGGGCAACGCCGCGGCUCUGGCCGCCGCUGCCUCCGUCUUCGGCAGCAUGCCCGGUGCCUAUGGGCUCGGCGCCCACCAGCUACCGCCGUCGGCCUACGCCAUCCUGGGCCGUGGCGCCGCAGCAGCGGCCGCGGCGGCGCCCCCGCCCAAUCCCUACGCCCAUCUGAGCGGCCUCGGCAUGAACUCGGCCGCCUGGUGGACCAUGGCCACGCACCUGGACUACCUGGCCAGGUUGCAGGGCGCCGCCGGACUCGGGGCGUUCCCGCCCGGCGCGGCGGACGGCAUACUGCCGCCCUAUCCGCCGGGUCUGCUGAACGCGCCGCCGCCACAGCAGCAGCAGCAGCAGUCGUCGCACUCGACCUCGCACAAGUCUUCGAAAUCGAAAUCAAGCAAAUCUCACAAGAGCUCGUCGUCAUCGUCCUCGGCGGCGGCUGCAGCAGCGGCAGCAGCAGCAGCGCAACAGAACUCAUCCUCGGCUAGUCACUCAUCCGGCAUGAACAAUUCGACGGCCGCGGCCAUGGCGGCCUCGCUCGGCAGCCAGCUCCAGGCCGCGGCGGCCGCUGCAGCCGCCUCCUCGGCUCAGCAGCAGCAGCAUCAUCAUCAUCAUCACAACAGUAGUCCCGUAACUUCGUCCUCGUCGUCGUCGGCAGCGGCGGCAGCAGCAGCGGCUCACAGCAGUAGCAGCGGCAGCCACUCGACCACCACGACCAGCAGCAGCGGCGGCGGUAAUCAGUCCAAUUCGCACUCGUCGUCCUCCAACGUGCUCAAUGACUCGAGCAGUAUUCUGGGCGGGGUGAGGCUGCCGCCCGACACCGAGAUCAUCAAGUACACGUCGAGCAUAGUCGGACCCAAGAUCCCGGGCACGACGAAUCGCGGCCGCAAGAAGACCAUCUCCCUGGACUCGCCCUCGGUGAGCUUGCACGGGCCCGGCUCCAUAAGCCUGCACGCCCAUCACCAGAGCGCCACCAGUCUGGCCCACAACAACAACAACAACGGCAGCAGCAGCAGGAGCAGUCCCGCCCUCGCCCUCGACGCCAGCAAGUACAAUCGAUCGAGGCACGACAGCAGCAGCGAUUACGGCAAUCGCGGCGGCGGCGGCGGCGACCGCGACUCGAUUGACCGAGUGGAAGUUAUCAAAUUACCGAAUCACUCGACUAAUGGUUCGGUCGUGCCGGGAGUGACGCCGAACUACACCAGCGGCAACAGCAGCAGCGGCGCCGCAGCCGCCGCCGCCGCAGCCUGCGACAACUCCGACGCUCCGCUCAAUCUGUCCCUCAAGCCCUCCUCCGCGACGAUGAGCAGCGGUAACUCGUCGACGACGAUAAGCUCGAAUCAGCCGCUCAGUCAACUGAGCAAUCUCAGCCAGUCGCUGCUCGCUUCCGAUCGCUCCUCGCGUCGCAAGCCGGGUCCCAAGCCGAGGCGCGUGCCGCAAAAUUCGCUGCCACUGUCGGGCGGUAACUCGCCGUUGAAUCCGUCUCUGGCGCAGCUCUUCGCCGCGGCCGACUCGCCCCAGCGCUGCUCGGGCAGCGGCGGCGAGGACAGCGAGCCCCAGUCGCAUCAGCCGCCGCACAAGGACAGGCCGCGCAAUCUCGGUCGCGGCGUCUCCAAGCCCAAGAAGAACACCGUGGCGUCGCUGCUCGCCCAGAGCCGAGCGCUCGGCAUCAAGCCCACGCCGACGAUCGACCCGAGCGCGCCCCUGGCUCACCAGGUCUCGCUGCUGCGCUCGAACAUCCUCGCGGCGCAGAUGCACGCCUCGAACCUGGCACUGGCGGACGAGAGGUCCGCCCAGCGUACGCUCCAGGAGAAGAUCAAGAUCAGCAAGCUGCUCGAGGCCAAUCUCGAGGACAACAACAUGGAGGUGAACAGCGAGAGCGACGGCAACACCGAUCAUCUUAGCGACACGGACGACGACGACGGUGUCAGCCACGCCAAGCGUCGCAGGUACUCGCACACGGAGAAAGACUUGCAGUUGCCGCUGGACAGAGGCUGGAAACGCGAGACCCUCAUUCGAGGUAUCAGCAAGAACUGCACCAUCAACGGCGACGUCUCUUACUACAGUCCCUGUGGCAAACCGUUCCGGAACUCGAUCGAGCUAGCCAAGUUUUUGGAGCACCAAAACUCGAUGGAUCUUACAAUAAAUAACUUUUCGUUCUCAUCGAAACCACUGGUUGGCGAUUUUAUACAAUCGGCUAUGGGCACUGAACUUGAAAUAAUCAAGUUGAGCGCGUUUGAAACUGCCAGAAAGCUCGAGGAGCUGAAAGCUCACUCGGCAAUGCGCGACAUCAGAUUAAAUCAUCAAUACGAGCGAGAUAAGCUGGCUUACGCCAAAAAGAUCGCCAAGGAAGAGCAGCAACGAAAUAAGGAGCAAGCAAGACUGAUCAAAGAGCAAGAGAAGAACGAGAGACAAGAGGCUGUGAGGAGAGAACGCGAGAUGAGAAAUCAGCAGUUGCUUGAGGGUCGAAAGCGGCUAGCGUUCACGAUCAAGCAAAAGAUGAAGAUAAUCCAGGAAAUCGAACGGGGCAAGAGCAAAAGCGACGUGGCUCGAGAGCUGGGUCUGGCGAGCAGUACCGUAGCGACUAUUUGGAAGAAUCGCGAGAGCAUAGCCGAGAGUUGGCGCAAUCGCGACAUGAUGCACUCGGACAUCGACAUCGAGUCGGCUAAAAAAAUCAUCAGCAGCAACUCCCUGGCGGUCAAGCAUCAUCAGCAACAGUUGCAGCAACAGCAACGAAAUCAUCAUCAACAACAGCAACAGCAGCAGCAGCAACAACAACAGCAGCAGCAGCAACAAGCCGCUUCCCUGACGACUCCCAUGAUAAGCGCAAGAAGUAACGAGCCCGGUAAGGCCGCUACAGCGACGGCCCACCAACCCGAUCACCUGCAGCAGGCACAGAGCCAGAACCUAGGCCAGGAACUGCUGGAGGCACGUAAAAAACGCCAAGAAGAAGUCGAAAAAUUACGUAUGGAAGAGCAACAACGUAAACAACAGGAGCGAGAAAUGAAAAGGCAGCAAGCGGUAAUGCUUAAAGAACAGAUGUACAUGCAGGAGCUCACCAAGCAGCGCGAGAUACUCUACACCGUCGAGCUGGAGCGAGAGAGAAGGCGGCAACACAUGACACUGAUCCGAGCGCUGGAGAAUCGCCGCAAAAUGGAAGAGCGCGAGAAGAAGCGGCUGGAGGCUCGGGCCGAGCGAAUCGCCCAGAAGGAGAGGCGAGCCGAGCAGAGGCGACUGGAGCUCGAGCUGGUCGAGCAGAUUCGCAAACCCGUGGAGGACACCGAGCUCACCGAUCACAAACCCCUGCCGCAGCUCAAAAGACUGCCAGGCCUGAAGCUUGCGGGCAAAGCUUUCGCCGACAUCGUCAUGGUAUUCGAAUUUCUGCACAAUUUCGGCGAGACCCUCGGUUUCGACAUGGAUUCGUUACCAAGCUUGAAAAGUCUCCAAGCCGCCCUGUUGAAUGACGAAGAAGCCGAAGAGGAGCUACUCUCGGUGAUGACGCACCUAUUGGUCUGCGCUAUCGAGGAUCCAGGCAUUCCUCAGCCAGCCCGACACACGACCGGCCUCGGUCAGAGUUUGCGCCAGGCCGACAUCACUCACGCCAACAUCAGCGAGGUGCUGCGCAUUUACUUGUACGCCAACGCGACCGGGGAGAUAAAGGCGCUCACGGGAUUCUGCCUGGAACGCGAGCGCGACAAGCGUUUCGCCGACCAUCAUCAGAACGCUCCGGACAGCAAUCCGAAUCACGAGAAAACCUCUUGCUCGGCCUCGAGCAAGAACGCUCAAUUUUACGAGCACUUGCACAACAACGAGACUUGGCGCAUGUCCGAACGUCUUCGGGAUAAGCCGUUCCUGGCGCUCAGUCCGACCCACAAGGCCCAGAUGCUCGCUUUUCUCUGCAACGAGUUGCUGCAGAACAAGGCCGUACUUAAGCAGAUCGAGACGAGUCUCGAGACCGUGGCUAGUCUCAAGAAGGAGCGAUUUUUGCUCGACACGAAAAUUCGCAAGCUCCGGCAGCUGCACUCCCGAAAACAGCGCAUGGAAGCCGUCGGAGUCGUUAUCAAUAAAUCCGGCGACGUUUCCACGAUUUCCAGUGCCAAUACGAGCGUCAAUGAGCAGCAGCAACCGCAACCAACGAGUAACAAUAACAAGACCGAAGAACCCGCGAAGUCCGAAAAUAGUACUCCGAAAGAGCCGAGCAGUACUCCCACGCCAGAAGAUCAACCACCGCCUCAUCACGAUCACGACGAGACCACUCACGACGAAGAAAUGUCCGAGAAUGAAAGCGAGGGUACUCAACCGGAGGAGGAAGAGGACAAGAAUCUCUCAGCCGAAGAACUCGGUAAAAAACUCGACAAGUGGCUCAAACAGUCCGAGGAGCAACUGCAAAAACUCAAUGGAUCUUCCAAGAGUAUUCGAGCUCAUGUAUUCGGUCAAGAUCGCUUCUGGCGCCGAUACUGGGAGCUGCCUUGCUCUGGUGGAGUUUUCGUUGAAGCCAUGGAAAGUGCCGAACCAGAAAUACUCGACUUCCAAGCCGAGCUUGACCUCAAAUACAAAGACGAGGAACCACCAAAAGAAGAGAUUUCGCCAAAACAAGAAGAACCGAAAGAAAUUGAAGAGACUAAAAAAGAACCCGUUAAAGAGGAAGAAGACGUGGAAAUGAAAGAAGAGAUACCACCAGUCGAAAGUCCGAAGAAAAAAGUCACUGAAAAUUGUGUCUCGGAAAAUCAUACUGAUAAGGAAUCAGAUGACACGGAAAUCAAAAAAGAGACUAAAGAAGAGGAAAGUUCUGAAAUGGAAGUCGACGAAAAGCCGAAGGAAGGUGAAGCCGAAGAUAAAGCGGCUAUCGUCAAGUCCGAAGAUAAAGUCAUUGAUGCUGUAGCCAAUGGUGAAAAGUUCAAUCACGUCAAUAAUAAUAACCUCCCGAAUGGCAGUGCUUAUGACACUGUUAUCGAAGCCAAUUGGUUCUCGAUUUUGCCUCGUGAAACUUGCGAUACUCCUGGAUCUUGCACUAAACAGAUAUUUGGCGUGGCCGAAUCCACAGAACUGAAAAUUCCCAUUUUCCCACCCCCACCAAGUCCUGGAUACGACAGAUGUGAUAGUCCUGCACCUCUAGUUCUUACACAAGACGAAGCUACUCAGCUUGAAUAUCUUAAAAUUCAUGGAUUACCAGUUGCCGGUGAAGCCAAACCAGUGCCAAAAGACUUGAGGUACGGAUGGUGGAGAAUAAAUGAUCACGACACAUUCCAAGAGCUUUUGGAGCAUCUGCAUUCUCGAGGAGUACGUGAAAAAGAACUCAAACGCACCACUUGGGCAGCCAUGGAAUCUUUCCUUGCUGUUACGGGCAAAAUAAACGUAGAUCCUGGAAAUUUGGCUGCUACCGAUAUGGCAGACGAAGAGGACUCCAAGGAAGACCAGGAAAAUCCUAUAAUUAACCAAUCCGAAGACUGGAGCGAACAAGUCGCUCUUAGAGUAGACGCACAGCUUCUAGAGCAAGUUGAAGCGCUCGAAGACAAGGUUGCCAAUGCUAGUAUGCAGGUGAAGGGGUGGAAGCUACCACCACGAGCUGGCACUGAAGAGGCAGAAGAGCUCGAGAAGUUACACGAAAUGGAGCAAUACAGUGCCGUUGAACAGGCGAGGCAGAGACUACUUUCUCUCGAAUCAGCAAUUGAGAGGCGAUAUCUCAAACCACCUUUAGGAGUUUGUACUGGAGAUCCAAAUUUAGCGGCACUGAAAGCGGAACAAGCAGCGGCAGCCGCAACAGCUAGCGCGAGCGCUAACUCGUCGUUGAACGAUUCAACAUCGGUGCCGAGUCCCCCGGAGGAGACGACACCCCGUGGCCUAAACAAUUGGCGCGAGGCGACAGCCCGAGCUCAUACCUCGGCUCAGCUUGCCAUGUCGCUCUAUAUGCUCGAGGCCAGCAUCGCCUGGGACAAAAGCAUCAUGAAGGCUGUGAGUCUUAAAACAGCUAGAAAGGCACAGUGCGUCAAGCUACGAAAUCGCAGCGUCUCACUCAAAUCUGCUACUCAAAACAAACAGCUUAUGACUUCUCAGGCAUCUAACUGUCAAUUUUGCCACAGUGGAGACAACGAGGAUAAGCUCUUACUAUGUGAUGGCUGUGACCGCGGUUAUCAUACUUAUUGUUUCCGUCCAAAAAUGGAUAAUAUUCCCGAAGGCGAUUGGUAUUGCCACGAGUGCAUGAACAAAGCAACUGGAGAAAGAAAUUGUUUAGUUUGCGGUAAACGAGUUGGUAAGAAUUUGGUUCUUUGUGAGCUUUGCCCGAGAGCUUAUCAUACAGAUUGUCACAAUCCUGUUAUGCCAAAGAUACCGAGAGGAAAGUGGUACUGCUCAAAUUGUCACAGUAAACAGCCAAAGAAAAAAAGCAGCAGUAGAAAAAGCCACAGCAAAGGAGAUAAGGAUAAAAAUGCAACGACGCGAGACAGUGAAAGUUCCGACCAUCCACCAGCUAGUCCGACUCCAUCAACAGCCUCGAACACGCACGUUGACGACGUGAGUUCGUCAGAAGCACCGACGCCAACGGCUUCUCCGAGGAAAGAGCCUACUGCUGCGCCGAGCAACAAGUCAUCGCUUACGAAGAAACAGCAGCGCGAACUAGCACCCUGCAAGCUUCUUCUCGAACAGUUAGAACGACAAGACGAGGCAUGGCCUUUUCUUUUGCCCGUGAACACCAAGCAAUUUCCGACUUACAAAAAAAUCAUCAAAGUACCAAUGGAUCUCAGUACAAUUAAGAAGAAAUUGCAAGACUGUGUGUACAAGACCCGUGAUGACUUUUGCACUGACGUACGUCAAAUGUUUAUAAAUUGCGAGGUCUUCAAUGAAGAUGAUAGCCCAGUUGGCAAAGCUGGGCAUGGCAUGCGCACUUUCUUCGAAACACGAUGGACUGAAAUAACGGGGGUGCCACCGCCGACAUCACAUCCUCAUAGCUGAGGGUCUGCUCGUGUUCGCAGCAGUGGCUGCAAUAGUUUUGCACAUUUUUACUAUUAAAUUUAGUUUUUGAAUGAUUACUCGUCAGUGUUAUGAACGAAAAGCGAAUGAGUACAUAUAUAAUGUCAUUGAUAGCGUUUUGCAUAUGUAUGUAUGUAUACGUAUACUCACAUUCACGAACACACUAUUUAUACGUUGGUGUGUGUGUACUAAUAUAGAUACAGAUGUGCGUUGAUUCACACGUUAAUACAUGCGCUUUGAUCGCGUUCUAGCGAUCUUUCACUCAUUUUCACUACUGUAUAUUAAUUUUUUUAUGUACAUUGCUAAAUUAUUCGCUUUUCGAUUUAAUUCAUAUGUCCUACUUCUUAUUUUUAAUUUAUGUGUACAAUGUUUGUUCGUCGAAAUGUUCGUCGAAAAGUAUUAAAAUACUCACCAAAUUAUUCGAACAAAAAAGUGGAUAUCAAUAACUCCUAAAUGAUAAAUAUGUUGCAUUAUAAUGCGUCUCAAAGUAUUGUUUUUUCACAACAGACGAAGAAUAUUUGAAGUUGAGGUUUCUCUAAAUUCGAGCUUUCAAACUUCAAAAAAUUUGAUUUCAUGGAUAAAUUGCAUAUUUUUAUUGGAAAUAGUCGUGAACGAAUCAUUAUUAAAAUCGGUCAUUGUACUUACAUACGAAAGACAAUUUUGCCUAAUUGAAUCCAGUGGUGAUUUUAGUAAUGUAUUAUAUAGGCUUAAACCUCGAACGUAAUCAUCGGCGAAAGAGAUAUUUUACAAGUAACGAAUGUAAGAUACAAAGAGAUAAAAAUAUAUUAUAUAAAUUGAAGUAUAUAUGCAAAUAAAUAUAUAGUUGAUAAAA